CUGCUGGAGGCAUUGCAGCGGCUUGUAAGUCAAUUAAAACAGCAAUUGGCUUCGAUUUUGUGGCUGUCAUUACCACGACACUUGUACGGCUUCCGGCCAUUGGACGGGCCACGGGCAACCAGCCGUGCCAGCUAUCAGCGCUGCGGUCGAGCACCACGCCGGCAAUUGGUCAUGGACUACAUAUUCGAGUGCUUCUUUGAUGACACCUUCGAGCACAUCACUCGGAACGGACUGCAGGAUCGUCAAUCGCGUCGUGACAUACUCGAUCACCUCAGCUCAAUCAUCAAGGGCUGCAGCGAGGGUCAGAAUGUGCAGACCGACGAGGUUGCCAGCUUGGCCGUUAUCGCAGCCAUGAGGUAUCACCGGCUGGCCAAAGAGGGUAAUGGAAAGGUCUGCCUCAUGGGAAAGUAUCACAACAUUUUGUAUAUUGCGCUGCGCACCUGUUGGGAUUGGGGAGUGCGAGACUCUGAGGUGGUUGUUCAACUGUUGGUGGCGAUUUACGAGUGCGAAAAGACGUUCGAGCGCAUUUUUCUGGGCGCGUUGUUUGGGCCACAUGCACCGCACUUUAUUGCCGGCUGGCGUAGCGAUUUUCAGGAUCAGCAUGAGAAUGUGCGGGCUAUGGUAUAUUUUUUGAAGCAUGCAACACGCGAACAACUCAAGCUGCCGGUGUGGAUACCACGUUUCGAGCAGGAGCAUCAGCUCAGAUUCAUUGAUGUGCCCAUCGAGUCCUGUGGCUGCUCCUCGCCCCUGCGCAUUGCCCUGCAAGCGAAUGCUCCCGAAUUGCUGCUAAUACUGCUCAGAUAUGGCGCCGCACCGCAACCGCCCGAUGGAGGCACCUCCGUGAUUAUUGCGCUGCUCGACAAACUCAUCGAAAAUGGACGCAAUUACAGCUAUGAGCUGGUUCUCUGCCUCAAGAUACUGCUGCGAAAUGUGGUCAUGAUUGAAAUGCCAUUCAAGCCAAUUGAAUAUGCAUCUCGUCGUGAAACGUUUUUCAAGCGAUAUGGAAUUCUCUUAAUGGACAAAAUUAUUGCCAAGGAACAGGUUUAUGGCGUGCCGACGCUGCGACAUUUGUGCCGCUGUCGUAUACGUGAUAUACUACGGGAACAUAAUCAGUUGCCGAAUGGCAUCGAUACGUUGAGGUUGCCCAAGCGUCUGCAGCGCUACAUUGACCUCACAGAAGAGCUGGAGGGGCCCGAGUUGCAGCAACAGCAACAACCACAGUCAUCAGAGAAGCCAAUUCAAAGGCUGACAAAUGCCAUGCAGAGACUGGAAACGAUAAGCAGUGCCGAGAGUGAGAGCGAGAGCGAGAGCGAGGAUGAGAGUGAGAAUCAUGUGCAGCUACUGGAGGCGGUAACCGAUGCAGAAAAGGCCGCUGUUGCAGCCUUUGUGGAAACUAGCAAUGGGGCCAUAACCGAGGAGGCCAAAGAGGCGGCUAUUGCCGCCUAUGUAAAGACUAAUAGAGCCAACAACAGCGCUGGCUACAAUCCCCCCGAGCAUUCAUUUCCCUUUUGAGUUUAGCUACGAGUAUAGCUAUUAAGUGUUGCACUCACCGAUAAGUCUCCUCGCUGAUGUUGAUGCGACCGGGAACACCGGUGGUCUCCGUGCGACUCGUUAGGUUGACCGUGUUGCCAAAGAGGCAAUAACGUGGCACACGAUUGCCAAUGACGCCGGUGACAACCUCGCCCGAAUGGAUGCCGAUGGUGAUUUGCUGUGGGAAUAGACAUAAGUUAUAACGCCAUGAAUCUCUAGUGUUACAAUUUCUAAAUCAAUUUAUUUACUCAAUAAAAUUAGUUAAUAAAGUGUAGAUAUUACACGUGUCCAGCA